UCCGUGAGAGACAGUCCCCCCUUGUCAGCCCCUGAGGCCCUGAACAUUGUGGCCACAGCUUUCCCGCUCACAAGUCCUUCUGACAGUCAAAAGCCUCAGUUUUCCAGCUCUUAAAGCAGCCUCGCUCUGCAAUGCCUGUCAACUUUAUUGGGAAAAAGGGUUUUUUUUUUAAAUCCUCUUUUGACUUUUCUCUCUGAAGUAUGUAUGAAACAGUGUGAGUUGGUGGGAGGGAGCUGAGUUCCUAAGUAAUCCAGAGAACCGUGGCGGCGUGUCCUGGCCUGAACCGCGUUGUUUUGUGUGUGCUUCUUAUGUUCCUGAAGGAAACAGCUUUAAAACACCUUACACUAAGAACAUUUCAACUGUCCUGAAAAAAGUAGAAGAUGGACAAUUUUUCCUUCUUCCUCAUUUGAAAGGAUUUACAGAAGAAAUAAAACAGCAGAAGCUCAAAGUUCCCAUUCAUGAUGAAUGAUUAUAGUUCUGAAGACAAGACAGAAGAUGAACUGCAGUCCUUAUUUAUCAGUGAUAAAAAUGGAAACACUUACGCAUACAACCAAAAGUCACCACCUACACAAAACUGUUCGACCGACAGUUGGAAUUCUGCCAACCCAGAUGACAUGGUGGUUGAUUAUACAACCAACUCCCCCGUGGAUAUUGGGGAAAGUAUUUCCUUAAACCCUUCGUGUGCUGAAGUACUUGAUCACCAAGAGUCUUCAAGUGAUUUCAUUAGUAAGGAGGUAUUAUAUAUGCAUAAAGAUUCCGCAUAUCCGUCUUCCGCGCCUGUUGUAAAUACGGAGGAGCCCAAGUACCUGCAUAAAAGUUGUCAUUCCCCAGAAUCAGCUCAGGACCACCAGAGUGUUGAGACCUCUUGGCCUCUUGCAUGGAAACCUAAUGAUGUGGAUUUGAACUAUACAGACUACCCAGCUGCCUUGCAGCUAAAUCAAACGUUUGACAGGAAAGUGGAUGACGCUAACUACACCUUUAUUAAACACCACACCAUUGGAAAGAGUCCGUCUUUGCAUGCCUCCGGAAGUCUGCCACCAUCUGGCUUGAGAAGUGGAAAUACAUCUUUAUCCUGUUCCAUUCAUACAUCUUUCCAUUCUGAUACGGUACAUGUGACAGAAAGGAGUCAUGAUAGAGACAUCUUUAAAUACCCUUCAACCACGGCAUCAGAGGCCCUGGAGACAACUUACAUGGCAUUUUCUGAGGUGGUGAUGCAAACGGAUGCUUUUGUUCCAGAUACUGGAAAUGCAUGUCAGUAUUCUUCAGGAAAUGUCACCAGUGAGUACACAGAUGGGUCACAACAAAGACUAGUUGGAGAAAAAGAGACACACCCUCUAACACCAGUUUGUGAUGGCAUGGAUGUCCCCAGUGGGGCGGUAUUAGAAGAGUUCUUUUGUUUACCUAGAGAGGAACCAAAUAGUGAGACACAUUCAGAGAGCUCCUAUGGGCAACAGGAAAUGGGCCAAAAUCGAAGAGAAACAGUGUCUGAUUGUCUUAUAGAUGAUGAAUGCCCUGUACUGGUGCCCGCUUUUGAUGAAAGUGCAGCCCAAGCGCUGAACCCAGAAUGUAAAGUCACUGGGGCUGAAAACACGCAAAUUGCCUCCAAUGAAAAUGAUUUGGGAAUCCAAAAUCACACCAUAGAAUUGGUACCAAAUAGCCCAGCAGGACAAAAGCUGGCCUCAUCAUUUGAACUGAGUUGGGAUGAAAGUGAUAUGAUCAUUAGCACAAGUGAGACAAUUUGCAUGUCCACACCAGUCCCCAAGCCCAUGAAUGCAACCUUCUUUAUUUCACCUGUUGAAGCGACAGAGAACUGUAGUAAAGUGGAGGAGAGUAAUCAGGAGCUUGCUAAACCCAACCUAGGAAAACCACCAGCCAAAACCCAUACCUCAAUAGGCAGCAAAGUUAGAAAAAACAAAAUCAUAAGUUACCCAAGACCAAACUUCAAGAAUGUCAAAGCAAAAGUUAUGUCUAGACCAGCAUCACAGCCUAACGACCCUUCUUUGUCAAAGGUCUCACCCAGGCCUCAGUCGACCAGCACCUCAUCACCCCUGCCAGAGUCUUCCUCGAGACGGUUGACAGUUUUGAACAAAAAACUAAGAUCUGACUUGAACGCAGACACAAAAGCAGAAAUCUCAAUUAACAAGACACAGAAGCAGCAAUUUAAUAAACUCAUUACUAGCCAGGCUGAGCAUGUUGCAACUCAUUCUAAAAACGCUUCCCACAAGGUUUCGAGAGCAACAUCUGCCGUGAAAUCAAAUCAGGAAGAUGUUGACAAAGCAAGUUCUUCUAAUUCGGCAUGUGAGCCUGGGUCCGUGGCUCCAGCUUUUCAGAAGUGCAAAGGCCUCUUCCCUGUGAAAAUGGAAAGCACAGGCUGUUUGGAAAGGACGUAUGUUUCCAACAUCCAAAGGAUUAGCCCUGAAAAGAAGGGUGAAAAAGAAAAUGGGACACCUCUGGAACAACAAGAACUGAAAAAGGAAGUUAUGAAUGAGGACUUUGAAUAUGGGUCUCUGUUUCUGGGUUCUGCUUCAAAAACUGCAGCCCCCGCAGGUAGGAACACACCCAAGCCUGACUCCUCCAGUUUGAGGAUAAAACCUGGUCCAAAAGCCAAAGUGGGGCCUUCUGUUUCCUGUUUGAGGUAUAAUAGCAACAGCAGAAAUCUCAGUUCUGAUCGUACCUUAUCUUACCAGAGGAUCAGGCGUGUGUCCAGUUCUGGAAAACCUACAUCUUUGAAAACUGCUCAGCCGUCUUGGGUGAAUGUGCCUAGACCACUUCCUAAAUCCAAUGCGUCCUUGAAGAGUUCUGCGCUCCGGAGGACAGGGAGCCCCUCCUCUGUGGCCAGCGCCCACAGCGAUCGGAACACUUGCAGCAGUAACUUUGAAAACGGCAGACAGAAGGCUCCCAGAAGUUUAUGCAUCCAAACUCAGACGUCUCCGGAUGUGCUGUCUUCUGAGAAAGCCCUUGAGUUGGCUCAGUGUAAAACAAAAUGUGAAAACCAGAGUAGAUUUAUUCUGCACCUGAAGCAGCUUGUUUCCUGUGGUAGUACCAGGUUCGAAGCACUAGCAGUCGUGAUUCAGCACCUGCUGUCGGAGCGGGAGGAAGCGCUGAAACAACACAAAGCCCUAUCUCAAGAACUUGUUAACCUCCGGGGAGAGCUGGUCACUGCUUCAACCACCUGCGAGAAAUUAGAAAAAGCCAGGAAUGAGUUGCAAAUAGCUUAUGAAGGAUUUGUCCAGAAGCUAAACCAGCAGCACCAGACUGAUCUAACAGAGCUAGAGAAUCGGCUUAAAGAAUUUUACACCGAAGAGUGUGAAAAGCUUCAGAACAUUUAUAUUGAAGAAGCAGAGAAGUAUAAAACUCAACUGCAAGAGCAGUUUGACAACUUAAAAGCUGCCCAUGAAACCUCCAAGUUGGAAAUUGAAGCCAGCCACUCAGAUGAAAUAAAAUUACUGAAGAAGGUCUAUGAAACCUCCCUUUCAGAAAUCAAGCAAAGCCAUGAAUUAGAAAAGAAAUCACUCGAGGAUUUGCUUUCUGAGAAGCAGGAAUCCCUAGAGAAACAAAUCAAUGAUCUGAAGAGUGAAAAUGAGGCUUUAAAUGAAAAGCUGAAAUCAGAAGAACAAAAAAGAAUCUCGAGAGAAAAAGCAAAUUCGAAAAACCCUCAGAUCAUGUAUCUGGAGCAAGAGUUAGAAAGCCUGAAAGCUGUGUUGGAGAUCAAGAAUGAGAAGCUGCAUCAGCAGGAUGUGAAGUUGAUGAAAAUGGAGAAACUGGAGGACAACAACACAGCGCUGGUGGACAAACUGAAGCGAUUUCAGCAGGAGAAUGAGGAACUAAAAGCUCGGAUAGACAAGCACAUUGCAAUUUCAAGGCAACUUACCACGGAGCAGGCCACCCUGCAGGAGUGGCUGGAGAAGGAGUCCAAAGUCAACAAGCGACUGUCCAUGGAGAACGAGGAGCUGCUGUGGAAACUGCACAACGGGGAUUUGUGCGGCUCCGACAGGUCCCCCACAUCCUCCGCCAUCCCCUUCCAGUCCCCAAGGAAUUCGGGCUCCUUCCCCAGCCCCAGCGUUUCGCCCAGAUGACGCUUCUGAAAGUGGGGAGACUGUCUGAGAGCAUUGUUAACAGGUCUGCCGCGCUGACCGUGACCGUGGGCGUGGGAUCAAGAGCCACGUGAGCGGACGUGUCACUACCGCACUAGAACUGGAAAGUCUUGACCCCCAGCAUUGGCUUCUUGUGAGACGGGAGCUGGGGGGUGGGGGGGGACACGUGACUCUCUGGCCAGGAGACUCAUCCCCAAAUGAUUUCAGAAUCGAUCGCACGGACACAUGCACAACGCACUUAAAGAACAUUGCCUUUCUCAUGUACGCAUAAGGGGAAAAACUCUCAGGGGCCUCUUCAGAUAAAGAUUUAUAACCUUUAUAAUGUCCUUCAUCACAGGCACCUUCUUGUGAUUUUUAUUUGGGGGAUGUGUGAAUAAAAUGGGUGUAGCCGCGUGUCCUGUGUCUGAUGCUGCCUCCUUCGCUGUGUAUUGAAAGUCAAAAGCUGACCAUUUCUGGAUAUGUACUUAUCAGAUAAACCAAUGUAAGCAUUUCUGCAAAAAGCCAUAGAAGAGCGAGCAAUAGUUGCUUGGAUGAUGACUCUGCACCACCCACUCCACUCUGCCCUUUGAGGACGGGGGAGGGGAAGGGCGGGGAGAGCUUUGACCUGCCCGUGCAGGGCGGCCUGGGUGUCCUCGUGAAGUAUCCUGGCAUCUGUUCAGUGUUCAGCCAUGUCAGUUAAAACCAACUAGAUUGUUUUUCUGUAGAUUUUUAACUUCCCCAUGUGAACCUAGCAAUUUACUAUGAUCCAUUUUCUCAGGCUACCAGCAAAGGAAAAACCCUACUUUUUCUAAGAUUCUGCAUAAAGAGAAGGGGCAGCAGCAGCGGAUUGCUCCUGCCUCAUGUUUACCUUGACCUGCGCUGUCCUCAGUGAUGGAGAAAGUGGCGUUGUCUCCCAGCAGCCUCGCUUCCGCCCUCUCCCCCCUCCCCCAGCCAGAGCCACAAAAGCUAACCUUCUACCUCCCUCCCCUUUUUCCUCUGGGACAAGGAUAAUGGGAAAGGCUUUUCCAGAGCCAGCUCAUCUUCACGGUGCUGAAACCACUUUCCAAAUAAACCACAGCCUGGAUCCCAUGGUGCACAUUUUAGGAAACCCUUGUGGGAAUAAAGAAUGAGUGAUUGGCUGGCAGAACUGAGAAAGGUAGAUUCAGUGCUUAUCGAUGAAUAGGAGUACCUUGAUUACACCAACGAUGCAGCAUUUAGAAGAUAAUGCUAAACUUCUGUGUACCCUCUGAGGGAUCCUUCUGUCCUGGGGAAGGUAGAAUGGCCAGCUGCCGAGUAGAAAACAUGGCUUAUAUUGUAGAAUUCUCCUCCAGGUUGCAUUUCCAUUUCUUUUCCAAACUUCACCUAUUACCUUCCCCAAUUCUAAUACUUUGAGGGAGGUGGAAGGAAGAGCUGUGGCAUUUUCCCACCCUCCCUGCACGCGUCAGCCUUGUGAUGUCAGUAUUUACUAAUCCGCAUUGCUGACGUUCGAUGGCUGUACAAAUAACCCCUAGAGUAAGAACAGACUCAGGAUACUAGAGGUGGAUAUUUGAGUCAUCAUUUACUUGUACACUACAUAGCAAAUUAAUGUUCAUGAUGCAUGUUUUGUUUUAUUCUUAGUGAUUGUGUCUGAAGUCUAAACUUCAGUAGUUGAUUAUGUAUGUAAGCUUCCAUGUUUGCUCUGAUACAUGAGAACUAGGUUCACGGCCACCUUCUGAAAUCUCUCUUUGCCCUUUCCAGUUGUUCUCGAUGUCAUUAGCCAAAGGUGGAUCUGCCAUCCAUCCCCUCGCACGGUAAAUCGCGAGCUGUUCCCUGCUCUCCUGCACACCAUGUAGGUGUCUGCGAAAAUCAGUCUUACACAAUUAUUAUAAAGGGUCUUCAGAGAACGGGAGGGAACUGGAGAGAAGACAGGAAACAAAACAGAGAACUUUUAAGGUUUUUUUCUUUUUCCAAACCAAAUGUUUCACAUAGGAUGCAAAAUGUUGGCACGUCAUGAAAUAGACGAUGUGUAAAAAAAACUGUAAUUAUGCUCCGUUUGUAACGAUGCAAAGUGUAUUUUUACCUUGAUUCAAUAAAUAAUGCUGGAAUAUUUAAUAUAAGAAGUGUAACCUGUGGCAUACUUCACUCCAAAGGGUUACCCAGCUACGGUCCUUUUCUAGCACAGGACUUGGCGUUGUGUUUCCUCCUAAGCCAUUUCCCAGGAAUUUCCAGCAAAACCACAAAGUUGGCCA